ACUUUUUUUUAAAAUUUUUUUAAAAACAGUUCUAUUACACACUAAUUAAUGAUUAAUUUUUUUAUUUUUGUAACUAGUUUCAAUUAGUAACAAUAACUUUAUUUAAAAGAAAAAUGAAUUCAUUAAAAGAAAAGCUAUGUGAAGUACUAAAAGUCGACAGCUUGCCACAAGAAUUAGUAAUCAAACUAUUAGAAGAAGCAAUGGAUCUCAAUUCCUUUGUACUAGUUAAUGAAAAUGAUUUGGUUGAAUUAGGUUUUAAAAUGGGACAGAGAAAACUUAUCAUGCAGUGGUUGCAGUCAUGUGCAGUUUUACCUGUAGUUGGUUUUAUGCAGCAUCAAGCUGAAUUGUUUCCAGCGUUAAACUUAAUAGCUGCACCAAUUCAGAGAAAUAUUUCAAUCCCACCCUCUAGUAAUAUAUAUCCUGUAAAAGAGGUACUCUGUAAGAAUGACAACAGUUCCGCAAGUGUUCACGGACCAACACUUGUGACAAAGUUGUUAAGCGGUGAAAUAUAUUCAACACAAGAAAGACACUUUUUAGUGCGAAUUUUAGGCCGAUAUCUUAUGGAGGUUGCAAAAGUAAAGGAUAUGCCCUCAAAGGAGGAAAAAUUAGCUAUGGCUGUUUCAAUAGUUACAGUUUUCCCUUGUCUAAAAAGUAAAUUUACGGAAUCUGGUCACGAGCAUUUUUAUUGUGGAAAAUCUCAUACUGGCCACAUUGAGAUUUAUGUUAGACAAAGACGCUCAAGGUCUAAACAUAUAAUCACAAAGUGGAAUCAUAGGAAAGGAACACCACCUUGUCGAGAACUUGUUGGUGAUGAAAAUUUUGAAGUUGAACGUAUACUCCGAGAACGUCGUCCAACAGUUCUUAAUCAAGAAGAGUUGCUGCACAUGAUGGCAGAGACUAGAAUUUUUUGAAGAGAUUGGAUCUUAAACACUAAACCAAAUGCUACUCUUAUCCUGAAAAGAUAUCCGAGGUUUUUGGAUAUGAAUGAAACUAUACGGCAAGAGUUUUCGUUUUUAGUUGGAAAGUUUAAAGAUAUGCGAAAUCAAUGGACAUUAUGCAGAGAUGUAAUUUUACAACUUGCAGUAACUGCUUCUGUCAAAGACGAAGAUUUAAAAGAAGAGUUAUUUUGUAUUAGUGCUGUUGAAAAUGAGUUUGAUGAAG